AUGAACAAGUGGGCCGAGCUCCGGGCUGAGGCAGACCAAACGCACUGCCUCGCCAAAAGGGAGACUUGGCUCAAGUCUGAUUUUUGUAUCGCGGGCUUCUGUCCACCAGGAUUCCAGGCUUAUCGAUGCCAUCGUCCAGGGGAUAGGUUAGGGGGUGGUGCUCUACUGUUCGUGGCAGACCUCUUUCCUCAGACCGCCGUGGAUACUCUGUGCACGGAGAACAUUCAGGCUGCCGAGUGUGUAAUCAAGCUCUCAGGAGUCGCGGACCACCCGCCCUGGUGGUCCAGUCGAAUCAAAAAAGCCCUUGUUAGAAAGCAGGCCGCGGGGCAACGACUCUGUGCCAUGGGCGGCUAUCUUAGACACCUUCAGUACCUACGAGAACGAAAGUCUUUCGACUGUAUCCUCCUGGAUGCCAAAAGAGCUUUCGAGCUUUCCCUGGCCAAGAAAGCAAAGCGCUACCAUAAGGCCUUCGACGGGGAGCAUCCAGCUGCCCCGUUAGUUCGCCUCUUCAAUCUGUGCAUGACGACAGCCACAUUGCCGCAGGACUGGAAAGUAGCGAAUGUGGCCCCCAUCCACAAAGGAGACGACAGGGAGCUGGCGGUAAGCGCGCAGCAUCCAAACGCGGUUUGA